GCUUUAGGCGUCCUAGCUCAAUUUUCAUACAUGUCUGGUCGUGGAAAGCAGGGAGGCAAGGCCCGCGCUAAGGCCAAGUCGCGCUCGUCCCGCGCAGGCCUACAGUUCCCGGUGGGGCGGGUGCACCGUCUGCUGCGCAAAGGCAACUACGCCGAGCGGGUGGGGGCCGGCGCGCCCGUCUACAUGGCGGCGGUCCUCGAGUACCUGACCGCCGAGAUCCUGGAGUUGGCGGGCAACGCGGCCCGAGACAACAAGAAGACGCGCAUCAUCCCUCGUCACCUGCAGCUGGCCAUCCGCAACGACGAGGAGCUGAACAAGCUGCUGGGCAAAGUCACCAUCGCCCAGGGCGGCGUUUUGCCCAACAUCCAGGCCGUUCUAUUACCAAAGAAAACCGAAAGCCACAAAGCCAAAAGCAAAUAAAUCCAGACAAAGUAAACCAAAGACCAAAGGCUCUUUUUAGAGCCACCCAAGUUUUCAAAAAAAGAGCUAAUGCGCUAUUUGGUGAUCAGCCCUUCCUUUGACACUUUGGUGGCUCUUAAAAGAGCCUUUGGGGUGAAUGGGGGUGGAGUCGAGCCUCCUAAUUACUUAUUCUUGCCAGGCUUGUGACUCUCCGUUUUCUUGGGCAACAAAACUGCCUGGAUAUUGGGCAAGACGCCGCCCUGGGC